CGAGAAUCUUUUGACCCCUUGGUUUUAUUGGGUCCCGUGAUAGCUAAAGCUAAAAUAUUUCUUCAGAGACUAUGGGUUUUGAAGCUCAAUUGGGACGAUUAUCUACCUGAUAAAGAAGCCAAAGAAUGGCAACGGUUUUUCUCUGAACUACCACAAAUAUGUAAAUUAGAAAUUAACAGAUGCAUUCUUGUCGCAGAAGCAAUUGUUAUUGAGUUACACGGAUUUUGUGAUGCCUCCGAGUUAGCUUAUGGAGCUGUAGUUUAUUGUAAAUCCAUCUCCCAAUAUGGUGAAGUGGUGAUAAGCCUUGUAACAAGUAAAUCAAAAGUUUCUCCUGUAAAGCAAGUUACUAUACCAAGAUUAGAGUUAUGCGCAGCUGUAUUGCUUGCGAAGUUAAUGACUCGAGUAAUAUCUGCUCUGAAAUUUAAUGUGAAUAAUGUAUUUUUCUGCAGUGACUCUUUGAUAGUUUUGGCUUGGCUGAAAAAGGAGCCCUGUUGUAUGAAAACGUUUGUUGCUAAUCGAGUUGCGGUGGUUCAAGAAAUGACGGAGGUAAAUUCUAGGUCUGUGCAGCAACAGAUGGCUGACUUACCAGCUGCGAGAGUGACCAUAUCAAGAGUUUUUGCGAAAGCAGGACUCGAUUUCUGUGGUCCAUUUCUGGUAAAAAAUUUUGUAGGUAGAAGUAAACAGGUAAGAAAAGUAUUUGUAUGUUUCACUACGAAGGCCUUGCACUUUGAAAUUGUUAAUGGUUUAACAAGUGCAGCAUUUAUAGCAGCACUUAAACGCUUUAUUGCCAGGCGAGGUAAACCCUCAGAUAUUUUCAGUGAUAAUGGCAGAAAUUUUGUGGGUGCUCAUAGAGAAUUAAGAGCGAUUUUAAAAUCUUUAUUUAAGGAUAAAAGUGAGGAAGAAAUCAAAGGUUAUUUGGCUACUGAAGGCAUAAAUUGGCAUUUUAAUCCUCCCUCUACUCCUCACUUUGGAGGUUUAUGGGAAGCUAGUGUGAAAUCCCUUAAAUAUCACUUGAAUCGUGUGGUGGGAAAAACAAUUCUAACUUAUGAAGAAUUUUUUACUCUGAUUGUUCAAAUUGAAUCUGUACUUAAUUCUCGCCCUCUUUGUCCCAUAUCAAAUGAUCCAAAUGAUGUAGAGGCAUUGACACCUGCUCACUUUCUUAUUGCUUCAUCUUUAAUUGCAUUGCCUGAACCUAAUUUUACAGAGAUUCCUAUAUAUCGGAUAACUAGAUGUUUGCGUUGUGAGUGUUGGCAAUACCGGUUUAAUAGUUGUGUUUUGUUGUUUUCAAUGGCGCGAAUAACGAGAUCUGCAAAAGAUUUGUGGUCACUCAUUUCUGGAUCUUCAGUUUUAAAUAAUAAGGAUCUUAUUCAGUAUGAAUUGGAAGAGAACUCUGAUCGUAUCAUCAAUGGAGUUUUGUUCUUUAAAAAAACCAGCCAAGCAUCUUUAGAUUUGUUGAAAAAGUCUGUGGAAGAAAGCCAGUUUGAUUUUGUGAAUAAACUGAGCAAGUUACUUGAUGUUGAUCAUAUGCAGUGCUAUGAGCUGUUUGUUUCAUAUAUCACUUAUGAAUAUAAGGGCACACAGAAAUCAUUUGAGGCCCUAUUGCUCAGUGAACGCCAUGUUCAUUCUUUGAUAUUGGAGGUAUGGCAUUAUUAUUUUGGUGAACGCUUAUAUUAUUUGCUAAUUUUGAAACAUAUUCUGAGCCAUUGGCAAGAUGAUGGUGAUUCAUACAAGGAUAUAUAUGAAAGUUUUUUAGAUAAAGUUAACAAAGACAAUAUUGUAGUAACAAAAAUUAUUAGUCAAAUGGAGGCUUCCAUCGGUGUAGAACUGCCCACAAAAGAUUCGCAUGGACCAUAUAUGACUGAAAUUCUAGCUUAUCACUGGACAACAUUCAUUUUGAAAGAACAGUGCGAGCUGCUGCAAUUACUUCUUUUGUAUUAUAAAGAUAUUGAGCCUACCAUUUCGGAUGUUCAAAAAAUGCUAUUGCUUUUCCAGGACCAUGGAUUUGGAUUAAGGCAAUCAUUCCGCCUGUCAACACUGGAGGGUACCCAACCUUUUGUUAACUUAAUAGGGUUCUUAGAAAGUUUUGUAAUUGUUCAAUGUUUUGAAUUAGAUUGGUUUUAUAAGUGUAAAGAGAGCCAAAUGAUUGGGGAGCAUUACUUAUUGAAAGAUAUGCAAGCUGUUAAAAUGCUGAAUGAUUCCAUUUUAAACCUGGGCAGUAACCAGUCCCAUGCGCCUAUUUUGUUAGCUUGGUUAGCCAUUGCACAAGGCUCGGAAGUGCAAGAUAUGAUGAUGCAUUGUAAUAAAUUAGGCAAGCUUGCAUUACAUUUGGGUGUGUUUGAAUAUCUUGUGACAGCUUUGAGUGCAUUUUCUGAGAAAGGGGUUGUUUCUGAAGUAGCAAAUGGUGUGGUUUACAGCUUGUUAUCUGCUGUAUUAUCAGAAUUUGAUCUUCAACACUUAGGCUCAAUACAGACUUUGUGUACUAUUGCCUGUGCUGUUUUGAGGUUUCCUUCAGUUGCUGAUAACUUCUGGAAAAGGGUAAAUUAUGAAAAUAAUUUUUGCACACAGACUUGUAUCGUUCU